UUUGAAACGCCACAUGCACCUACGAGUGCGUGCGCUCGCCGACCACGCGAUCCUCCGGCGCAUCUACGAGCAGCGCUUGGUCGCGAUCGACAAGUGCCGCGACCGGCUCCUUCAGAAUGCCCGCGUGCAGGAAGAGACGCUGACCAACAUGCGCAACUACGUGGCGACGUCGCUCCAGAGCAUGUACCGCGGCUGGAAAGGGCGUCUCGUGGCCGCCGACGUGCGACGACGGCACUAUGCUGCAAUCGAGAUCCAGCGCGUCGCCCGCGGCCUCUUGGGACGUCGGGCGGCGCAGCGUGAGCGCCGCAAGCAAAACAUGGUGCUGCAGAGCCCGUGGGCGAUGAAGCAGCUUUUGGAGCGGAGCAAGCUCGUGCGCACGGUGGGCAGCUGGCAAGAGUGGUGCGACCCGUGGACGACCGAGUUUUUCUACUUUGAAAUGUACACGCAAGACUCGCAGUGGCAGCCGCCGCCGCCCUACACGGCGUUCUUGCACUGCGAUUGGGCCGAGUGCGGCUACGUCGCGACCACGAUGCACGAGAUUCACCAACACAAGCGCAGCGCCCACAAAUGGUACUGCGACGUCUGCCAAGCGCGGAACGUCGGGUACUCGUUCCCGAUUUGUCCCUACUGUGCCGUGGGCAUGACGACCCCGGCUAUUGUUGACGCCCGCGACUGGCCACUCGCGACGCGUCGUGCGUCGACAGUGACGGCACACGACACACAUGACGUUGUACCCCCCGUGGCGUCGCCCAAGCGCCGUGACAGCGCGGUGCGACGCGCGUCCUUGCGCCCGAGAACGGCUUCCAUGGAGCCACCCCGCGAUACAACCGACACGUCCGGGCUCCUACUCGCGACGACGGCCAUUCGCCCGUGCGACUCGACGGCGUUCGACCACGUCAUGUGGCUCAGCGCGUUCGAAGGCGUUGCCAGUGCGUUUGCAAAAGCCCAGUACCCGAGCGGCAGUCUCUACGUCGGUGACUUUGCCGACGGUGCAUGCCACGGGUGGGGCGAGUACUACUACGCCAACGGCGACCAGUAUCGCGGGCAAUGGGCCAACGGGUUUCGCCACGGCUUUGGGCUCUGGGAAAGCGCGUGCGGCAAAACCUACAAGGGGCAGUGGCGCGACGGCGUCAAGCACGGCGUCGGUCUUCUCACGUUUCCAAACGGCGAGACGUACGAGGGCGAGUGGGACGCCGGUGAGAUCCACGGACGCGGCGUGCACUCGAGUGCCAACGGCGACGUGUACGUUGGUGACUGGGACCAUGGUGUCCACCACGGCUUUGGAUCCCUUACCAAGGCGAAUGGCAACUCGUACCGCGGUAUGUUUGUGCACGGGCGAGCCGACGGUAUCGGCAUCCUCACGGCAGACGGCGAAGUCUACAAGGGCAACUGGGUCCGCGAUGUGCGCGACGGCCGCGGCGUCUGCUUUUACGCCAACGGCAGCAUCUACUCGGGCACGUGGGCCAACGACAUGUGCGACGGCGCGGGCGUCUUUGUAUCGGCGAUGGGCGAAAAGUACGUCGGCCACUGGCGCCGCAACCUCAAGCACGGGCGCGGCCGCUACGUCUUUGCCAACGGCGACAUCUUUGACGGCACGUUUUCCGACAAUAUGGCCAACGGUCUCGGCGUCUACCGCCAUGUCGCGACCGGGGAUGUGUACACGGGUCCGUUCGCCUCGGACAAGUACGACGGGCACAAUGGCGUGUACGCCUGGGCGUCGGGCACGCUGUACGAAGGCGCGUUUGUCGACGGGCACAUUCACGGCAAAGGUCGCAUCACGUAUUUCAACGGCAACAGUUAUGCUGGCGACUUUGUGCAGGCGCAAAAGCAUGGCUUUGGCGAGUUCAAAUGGCCCAACGGCAACGUGUACCUGGGCGCGUUUGCGUUCGGCCGCAUCAACGGCCGCGGCACAAUGGUCUAUUCCAGCGGCCACACGUACGACGGCGACUGGGUCGACGGCACGCGCCACGGAAGCGGCACCUUUAUCUACGCGAACGGUGACGUCUACGACGGCGACUGGGUCCACGACGAGUUUCACGGCAUCGGCAUGUACACGUGGCGCCCCGGCAGCUCGCUCCAAGAGGCCUACGAGGGCGAGUGGCACCACGGCAUUCGACAUGGCCGAGGCACGUAUACGUAUGUGGACGGGACCAUCUACGACGGCGAUUGGGUGUCGGGCAAGCGGCAUGGCCACGGACGCUACCUCUGGCCCAACGGCGACUACUACGACGGCGCUUUUGACGACGAGACGCAGCACGGCGACGGGGUCUUCCAGGCUCACGGCGGCGACCGGUACGAAGGCGCGUGGGAGCGCAACGUUCGGUCGGGUGCCGGGCGCAUCGUAUACGCCGAUGGGAAUGUGUUUGUUGGGAGCUUCUCCAACGGGCGCCGCCACGGUCCUGGCACCAUGACAUACGCCGACGGCAACGUCUACGCAGGUCUUUGGCUCCACGACGAGCGCCAAGGCGGCGGCAUCUACACCUACCACGCGACACCGACCGACACACUGCGACUCCGCGUCUUUGGUGUCUAGUUGCCUGGACGGGCGAGUCUUGAACGCACAUACCACAUUUGCCAGUUGCGUAUAUCGUGUGCUGUGCAGUGCGCAAGCCCGGUGACCUAACCCCAGGCGCAACCUCGAUGGUUCCUGCAUGAGAUUGACAACGUGUGGUCUAUGA